UAAUUGUAUUCCCGCGAGACUAGGAAGUCGUAGAGUUGUUGACAACAUAGCUCUUGACGUUCUCGAAUAGUAAAUCAUAGAAGGUUGCGAUAGCAAUGUCGUCGGCUCUAUCUUUUAUACAUGAGUUUAGCGUAACGUACGUGCCAUCUAUAUGAUAACAGGAUAUAGGGACGUAAUAUAAUAGCAGAGCAUUGCCUGUGCACUAUGGCAGCCCAAACUCCUCCACAGAGCGCCCUGAGGGAGUUCUGUCCCCUAUACUACUUGCUUAAUGCAAUACCUGCCAAGGUCCAGAAAGGCUUCCGCUCUGUAGUGGUCUACCUGACUGCUCUGGACACCAACAGCGAUUACAUUGCUGUGGGGAGCAGUAUUGGGAUGCUCUACCUGUACUGCAGGCGGGUCAGACAGAUUAAUAAAUACAGCAUAGAGGGGAAAUCCGAAGCUAUCACAGCAGUGAAGCUGCUCAGUUGUUUUGAUGACUUGGUGGCAGUGGGCACGGCGUUUGGUCGGGUUGCUGUCUUUCAACUGGUGUCUCAACUUCCAGGCAGGAACAAACAGCUAAGGAGAUUUGAUGUGGUUGGUUUGCACAAAAGCACAGUCACAGCCUUGGCCUGGAGUGCUAAUGGAAUGAAGCUCUUCUCUGGUGAUGACAAAGGAAAGGUUGUGUACUCUACUGUGGACCUGGAUCAGGGUGUGUGUAACCCUGUGUUACUGUUUGAGGAGCUCUCAGCCAUAGUCCAGCUGGAGUACAGUCAGAAGGUCCUGCUCAUCUCCUCUUAUCAGAGAUCCCUGCUGUUCUACACCCAGGAACAGACCCUGCAGCAGCUGGGCACCAAGCCUAGGAAGAGCAAUGGGAAGUUUGGUGCGUGCUUCCAGCCAGGCCUGUGUAAGCAGAGUGACCUGCUAGUCUAUGCAGCGAGGCCUGGCCUCCGGUUGUGGCGGACGGAUGUAAGAGGGCUUGUGGUGGACACGCUGGUCCUCAAGCGUCUGUUCAACCAGGAGGUGCCGCAGUUUGAGCUGAUCGCCAGGCCGGGCCCCACGGGGGGUUGCCGGCCCCACGAGAGGCAGCUGGGUGUGGUGAGCUGCUUCCUCAGAGAGGGCUGGGUCCUCAGCUGGAACGAAUAUAGUGUCUACGUGUUGGACUGCCUCAACCAGGUGAUCAUCGGUGCACUGGAGAGCUGUGGGGACAUCAUCUCUGUAUCAUGCACCGAAAAUGAAAUCUUCAUCCUGAAAGGAGAUCGGGACAUUGUUCGCAUCUCGAAUGCUCCUGAGGACUUGGCUUCCAACAGCUGGACUGUCUCCACGGAGCCGAUCAGGACAAUGGCAAUCAUCACAGAGCAGGGGGAGUGGGAGAGGCUGGUGGAUGAGGAGGUAGAGGAGGUGCUGGAGAAGGACCAGCUGAGUAACACCCCCGAGGCGGGGAAGGCCAGAGCCCUGAUGGAGAGACCUGAGGUGGGGGAGCGACUGGACCACCAGAGAGGGGGCAGUGUACGGGGCACCAGUGAUUUUCAUAGCCGCAGCAGUUCCAUCACGUCCUGCGACAGCGUUCAGGGCAUGAUGCUCUCCACCAGUACCAUGGAGCAGUCAGAGCUCUCCUCCAGCCAAUACAGUGCCAUCAACCAGGAGGACUUUCAGCAUGAGCUGGUGGUCCAGGCCAUCAAAGUCAAGAAGAAGGCCAAGAGGAGGAGGCAAGAAAGUGGGAACCGCAUCGGUGAGCAGCACAACAGCUGGUCCGAGAGCAUUUACAGUCAGGAUGGAGGAGGGGGCAGCGACGGGGGGACCAGCACCUCUAUCAGUGAGCCCCCCUCAGCUUCCGACCACACAAGUUUCCCGUGCAGCAGUCUGGAUCUACAGUGCAGGAGUAGCGGAUCCCCCGACCAGGAGGGCUCCAUCAGUGGGGGCUCUCCAGAACUCACUACCUCUGGAGCUCAGAGCCAGGGUGGUGACCAGAGAGAGGACCCUCUGACUCAGACUCAACCCCCUGGGACUCAGCCUCCCUCUUGCCCCAUGUCCCUGCCCUCCCAGGACAUGGAGUGCCAGUCCUACCCAGAGAAUGUCAACAGCCCCUCCGUCAAUAACAAAGAGGGGGAGACUCCCACCCGACACGUAGACCUGUUACUGGAGUGCACCUUUGCCUACAUGCAGACCUCGAAGGAGCAGGACCCCAUGGAGGAGCAGGAGGAUGAUCUCCUGAGCCCCCUCAUUGGGCCGGAUGACUUGGACCAGGACGACCCCCACCACCAGCACUGUCUGCUGGAUCUGGAGCCUCCUAGCUGUGUUGAUCAGAUGUGUUAUUCCCUGGAGCCUGAGCAGUGCCCCUCUAGUGACGAGGAGGACAUUUACGCUGUCCACGGAGUUCCGUACUCAGCCUCCAGCGCCAGCCUGGGAGACAGACUCAACGCCCUCAACCUCCAGGGGUCCAACAUCGGGCAGCAGGACCAAGACAAGACAUUGGCAGAGAGCUGGAUGGGCUACACAGGGCCAGGCUGUGGCAUCCUCAACCUGGUUGUGACUGACCAAUACAUCUGGUGUCUGGACUUCAAAGGAGGCCUGUACUGCAGUGCCCUCCCAGACAGGGGCCUGAGCUGGCAGAAGUUUGAGGACAAUGUGCAGCAGGUGGCACUGUCACCUUCAGGGUCCCUGCUAUGGAAGGUGGAACAGAAGACCAUGACAGCAUAUGCAUGUGGUAAAGUCACCAUCAAAGGAACGAGGCACUGGUACAAGGCCCUGGAGGAUUCUGCCUUUGUGGCGCUUGGUGAAGACACAGCAUGGAUCAUCCGAACCAGCGGGGACCUCUACCUGCAGACAGGUUUGAGUGUGGACCGUCCGUGUGCACGAGCUGUGAAGGUGGACUGCCCGUGUCCUAUGGCCCAGAUCGUAGCGCGUGGCGGGGUGGUGUGGGCCCUCAGCCAACACAGGGCCGUCUUCUACAGAGAUGGCCUCAGCAGCUACUGCUCUGAGGGGGAAAUGUGGAAGUUUGACAAAAUCAGUGAGAGUCAGGGUCUGGAGCCCAUCUGUAUAGCCCUGGGAGAGAGCAACACGGCUUGGGCUCUGGACACCAGCGGCAGUCUGUGGUUCAGGACUGGAGUCACUGCCAGGAAGCCCCAGGGGGAAGAUGACCACUGGUGGCAGGUGAGCAUCACAGACUAUGUGGUGUUUGAUCAGGGCAGUCUGUUCCAGACUCUGAUCCAGGCCACUCAGAACAUGGCCAUAGCCACCAAGGCCCCGGUGGAGCGGGUUGCAGAGUGCCUCCGCAUGGCCUUCCUGUCCCAGCAGUUCCAGUGCCAGCCCAGCCUGGUCUGCUCCAACACCAGCGGCGUCUGGAUUGCAUCCGGCAGGAACAACUUCCAUGUCGCCAAGGGCAGCCUCAGCGGUAUGUUCUGGCAGGGUGUGGUACCCAGAGGAACCGUUUCAGCCACCAAGUGGGCAUUCGUCUAUUCCUCGGCUGUACUCAGUAAAGAAGGGAGCUUCCUGUGGCUGGGCCAGAGCAGGAAAGACCUGUUCUGUGUUUGGGACCAGGAUGGUCAGAUGCACCCCACCACAGUCCAACUGCCACAGGGCACAGAGAUGGUCCAGCUCUCUGCCUGCCGCGAUGCCCUGUGGGGACUGGACCAACACGGCCGCGUCCACAUCCGCACCCUCUCCACUAGCUGCCCCACCGGUAUGCACUGGAACCUACUGGACCUCAGCCAGCUCGAUCAGGUAAGGCUGGUCAGCGUAUCGUGUGGCAGUCAGAACGUGUGGGCGUGUGAUGGCUAUGGGAUGGUCUAUUUCCGCGUGGGAACGCAACCUUUCAACCCCAGCAUGAUGCUUCCUGCCUGGAUCUGUAUCGAACCACCAGAGCAGCCACUAGGAGUGCAUUUUAUUAGAAUCCACACCAGUCCCAACGACAGCAUGCUGUGGGCCAUGGACAACAGAGGGAACAUACAUGUUCGCAUGGGAAUCACAGACGAGAUGCCUGUCGGCACCGACUGGGAACACAUUCCAGGCCUGCAGGCCAGUCAGCUGGUGCUGAGUGUGAAGACUGUUUGGGUGCGCUGCCCCAACGGGGAGGUGGCGAGGCGCUAUGGUAUCACUGACAAGAACCCAGCAGGGGACUACUGGAAGAAGAUACCAGGCCUGCUCAACUGGCUGACAGUGACACCCAUGGACGAGCUGUGGGCUGUGAGUGUGUCUGGAGGUCUGAGGCACCGGCUCACCGAGACCCUGGUGCACAACACCAUCAAUUGCCAUGUCAACACAGGCUCCCUGAGCGGAGAGGACCUGGAGGAGGAGUGGGAGGUCAUCUAAAGAAGACUGAAAUUGUGUUCUAUUCCCUAUAUAGUGCACUACAUUUGACUAGGGACCAUAGUGCAUAGGGCUCUGGUCAAGUCGUGGACUAUGAAGGGAAUAUGGUACUAUUUCUCACGUCUCUCCCCAACUGAAACAACCACUCUUUAUUAAUAUUCACUUUGACUACUGAAGUGGGCUGCAUUGCAUUUAUUGGUGGGCACUUUACCUACAUUUUAAUGUUAUCAUCCUAUGUACAUAAUAGAUUCUAAGGCAACUGCUAGGUGCUUAUGAAUCAGUACGGAUUGCACAAUGGCUCUGUGGACAGACAGGACGGGAUAAUUGGUGUUACCAAGGGAACGGGGGUGUCUCCCAGACCAUCUCAUGCUGGUGUUUACUUUUAACCUAACCCAACCAAUCCCUAUUGAAUUUAAUUUAACAAAUGAAUUGUUAUAUUAUUUAAAAAAAAUAUAUAUAUAUUGGUGACAUUUUAGGAAGGUGAUAUUUUUCUUCAUUUUAGUUAGUUUGCACUUUAGUUGAAGUGGGAAGGUAACUGCACUCCCAGUACACAGCACUAGUCAAGACUUGCUACCCUGAGACCGUACACAGCAUUAGUCUAGACUUUAUACCCUAAGACAGUCUGCUGUCUUAAAAGACAUCCUCUCCCAAAGGAACUUACUGUAGCUCUUGUAUUGUUUUUUACAUAUCGAUUUAUCCCGAUGAAUACUGUACGUACCACAACACACUUAAGAGCCUUCCAAUAGGGUAUCUUCAAUUAAAUAUUUACAUCUAGUCCAGUUGAACCACUACCACAGGAGUUAUAUAGGGCUAUGGUCUUUGAAUUAUGUUUUCAUGUUGUUUUAAAGGAAACUACAAUGGUAGUAUGAAGGAGAUCCAUUCUGUUUUUUUACUGUUUAUAAUAACACAGAUGUAACAUGACUGUAAGUACUUGAAUGGAGUAAUGUAUUAUGUUAGUCACAGUGCAAGGGUACCAUAUAAGUGUAGGUGCUUACUGUGCACAUAUUGAUUGAUGCUUCCUUUUUUACUGUGGAAUGCUGUGCUCACUAAGGAAGGGAUAUUUGCAGGAGUUUGUUCUAGGAGAUUUAUAACACGUGUAUUUUGUAUAACUACCAGAAAGGGAAACGAACCAAAUAAUUUAUUCAGUCUUAAUACAGCUACUGUAUAAUUAAGGGAAUCAUGCAGUUAAUGGUACCAUAUUGUUGCUUCUGAAUACUGUACUUUAGUGCUAUUUCAUCCUUAGGAUUUUGCCAGUUCAAUUCAGAUUGACAAAGUCCGGGCCAGAAGUAGUGCACAAUAUAGAUGAAUAGGGUGCCAUUUGAGAUGUAAAAUCAGAUUGAAUGACAGAUGUUUUACACUAGACAGGAAAACCCAAAGAUCGAGUUGAAGUAGCCCCUCUGUGUGUCUAUAUGGGAUUCCAUGGGAUACACAGCACUGCAAGUCCACUGAAUCCUGUUGUAUGAAUCCAUGCCUCUCCUCAGUAUGAAUGAACUAUCUUAAUAAAGGUGUUUACAGUGACUCUGCCUGAUGGUGCUGUAUGAUCACCAUAGAUAGAGCAGUGUUUCUCAACUCCAUAGGACUGCACAUUUUUACUCAAGCUCAUCACUAACACAGUGCUGAUCUGGAACAAAAUUGUGGGGGCCUAGGAUAGGACUGGAGCUGAGAAUGUUUUCCUUCUGACCAUGAGCCGUGCAAUCGUCAGCAGAGAAAACAACCAUGAAUGUGUGCAAAAAGCACAUUCAAACCAUUGUGCCAUGUUAUGGGUGGGUGAUACCAUGCUGUGAAAAGUUCAUGCUGUGCUAUAGUUUUGGACCUAGUCUACUAUUGUUUCUGUAGGUCUGUAAAACAAAACACUUCUCAGUUGCCUGUAUAAUUACUAUAGUAAUAACGUUCUCUGCACUGCUUCACUCCACAACCUCCAGAUAAUGGGGAAGUAUAUUCUGAAUAAAAGAAUACAACUGCAA